AUUUGAAUGUUUAAUUCUAUCAUCAUUUGGUGUUGUUUUGUUUUUUUAGAGUCCAAAUUUUAUAACAACAUUAGAAUUGGCUGUUAGAUUUGGAAAAUGUUUAAUUGUACAAGAAGUUGAUGAAAUUGAACCCAUACUUAUGCCACUAUUAUCAAAAGAUUUAAUUUUACAAGGAUCACGAAAUUUCAUAAGAAUUGGUGAAAAGUUAAUAGAUUAUCAUCAAGAUUUUCGUUUAUUUCUAUGUACACGUAAACCAUUACAAGGCAUAGAUUAUAUUCAACCAAUUAGUGCUAAUGCAUUAGUUACUGUUACUAAUUUUAUUUCAACACGAACUGGUUUAAUAGAACAAUUAUUAGAAAUUACUUUACAAAAUGAAUGUCCACAAUUAGAAAAUCAACGUCAACAAUUAAUUCAUAAUGAAGAGAAAAUGAAAAUGGAAUUAGCUAAAUUAGAAAAUGAUUUACUAGAGGAAUUGUCAAAUGCUCAUGGUAAUAUAUUAGAGAAUAAAGAACUUUUGUCAUCAUUAAAUAAAACGAAGCAAUCAAGUUUAGUUGUAACGAAUUCAUUGAAAGAAUCCCUACGUCUACAAGCUGAAUCGAAUAAGGAGAGAAAUGUAUUUUAUCCAUUAGCUGAAACUAGCAGUCGACUUUAUUUCGCUCUGAAAGAUCUCAUGAAAAUUAAUCAUAUGUAUCAAUUCAGUUUAAACAGCUUUCUAUAUCUUUACCAACGUGCUCUGUCUAUGCCACAUAAUACUGGACUGAAGACAUCGGAACGUAUUCAAUCAUUGCAAAAGCACAUAGAACAAUUGGUUUAUGAAAAUGUCUGUCGAGCAUUAUUUAAACCAGAUCAUUUGAUGUUUGCAUUACACAUGGUUCGUACAAUGCGUCCACAAUCGUUAACAGAUGAAGAAUGGCUGUUUUUUAUUGGAUUAAAUGUCAUAGAAUCAUGUCAUACUGGUGAGAAUCUUUACAGUUGGUUAGAUGCUGAACGAGCUCGUAACUUGAUGAAGCUUAAAACUGCACUUCCGAAUAUUUAUGAAAAUCUAUGUUUUGAAGAUUCUCAAUUUUGGACAAAUUGGUUACAUGAGGAUGAUGUUGAACUGAAACCAAUGCCUAAGAAUCUACAAUCCAAAUCAUUGACAGCUUUUCAUUUCACAGUUCUUGCAGUUCAAGCUCUUCGACCUGAUCGUUUAUAUUCUGCUAUGUCACAGUUUGCUAGUCGAACAUUAGACUUACCUCAACUAAGUCCAUCAACAUUGAAUUUACACAGAUUAUUUGAAACUGAAACAAGAUCAACAGAACCUAUUCUAAUAUUAAUUAGUCCAGGAGCUGAUCCAUCACAAGAAUUAUCUGAAGCAGCUACACUUCAUUUCUCACGUAAAAUAUUUAAUAAAACAUCAGAGACAACCUCAUCACAUUAUCGUCAAAUUGCUAUGGGUCAAGGUCAGACCGACUUAGCCAUAAAAGAACUACAUUUAGCUGCAAAACAAGGUGAUUGGUUAUGUUUGAAAAAUUUACACCUUGUUAUGCAUUGGCUACCAGUACUGGAGAAGGAAAUUAACACAUUGUUGAAUAUCAAUAAGAAAAGUUCAAUUAGUCCUAGCAAUAAUGGUAAUAAUGAUCAUGAUGAUAAUGGUACAAUUAAUAAAUCUAUUGAUACUGAACAUUGUGUACAUGAAGAUUUCAGAUUAUGGUUAACUGCAGAACCACGUACCACAUUUCCAUCUACAUUAUUACAAGGUUGCCUUAAAAUAGCUUAUGAAGCUCCACCUGGAUUAAAACGGAAUCUACAAAGAACUUAUGAAACUUGGCCAAGAAACUAUAUAUCUCAAGGAAAUUCAAAGAAUCGAGCAACUCUACUUGCAUGCCUAGCUUGGUUUCAUGCUGUUGUGCAAGAAAGACGAACUUAUAUCCCACAGGGAUGGACGAAAUUUUAUGAGUUUACAUUUGCUGAUCUUCGUGCUGCAGCCGACGUAAUCGAUCGGUUAUUAUUGAUAGAUCAUGGUCAAAUAUCUAGAACAACUGAAGAUAUUUGGUCGUGGAUUCAUGGUUUAUUUGGUGAAUCAAUUUACGGUGGUCGUAUGGAUAAUACAGUAGACUUAAGUGUAUUGAAUUCAUAUCUCACUUCAAUAUUUAACGAUGAUACAGUGAGAAAUCGUCAACUUGGUCCUUUCAAACUACCUGGUACAAUUGAAUUAAAAGACUAUAUUGUUCAGAUCAAUACUUUGCCUGAUCACGAUCUUCCUAUAUAUUUUAAUUUAUCACCUAAUAUUGAAAAUAGUAUGCAAAGAAGUGAAGCAAAUCGUGUAAUUGCUCAACUUAGAUUACUUAAUCGACCUUUCAUGGAUACUAAACAUAAAUUUGAUAAAAGUCUAUGGAGUAAAGAAUUAGGACCAAUAUUGAUAUUAUGGAAGAAACUUAAUCAAGGUUUAAAUCUGUUACAAUCUCGAACAUCAAACAAAACUAACAAAUCUACCUUGUCUAAGUCAGGAGAUGAUAUCAGUUCUGAGAAUAGAUCAACAAUUGAAAGUUCGAUUCAAGAAUUUUUACAUUUAGAAUUAUAUAAUGCUCUUCAGCUUAUUCAACAUGUGCAUUUAAGUUUAGCUAGUAUUGCACGAGCAUGUAAAGGGACUCAGUUAGUAACUGGAGUUAUGCAUCAAUUAGCUAAUAGUUUAUUACAUGGUGAAACACCUGAUUCAUGGUUAUUACAAUGGCCUGAAGGACCGAAUGAAGUAGUCCCUUUCCUACGAGAAUUAGUUGUUAAAGCGAAUGCUGUACAAACGUGGACCAAACAGGCAGAAAACAAUCAGUUUUCCAAUGAACAAAAUGUACAGUCUUUAGACUUAGCCAAUCUAUUUCAUCCGACCACCUUUUUAAAUGCUUUACGUCAACAAAGUGCAAGAUGCUUGAAUGUACCAAUUGACACACUUAAACUAUCAUGUCAAUGGCUGGAAUCAAAUGAUCGUAGGAAUAAAUCCUCUGGAAAUAGUCAAUCAUUACCAAUACGUAUUACGAAUUUGAAAUUGGAGGGUGCCAAUUUCCGAAAUGGUCAACUUAGUCAAAGUUGCCAAAGUGAUUCAAGUCUAGUUCAACUACCUGAUAUUUUGUUGCGAUGGAUUCAACAAGAUGAACAAGAUCCAUUGAAUGAAAACAAUUCUAUUUAUUUACCAAUUUAUACAAAUAAUACUCGUGAACAUUUGGUGACAUAUAUUCGAGUCCCCUGUCCUUCAGGUAGUCAAAAUCAAUGGAUUCAAGCUGGAACAGCUUUAUUACUUCAUUGUUUGUAAUGAACAACUGUGAUUAGUUGAAUCAUCUAUCUACGUUCAUUUCUUCCAUGGAUUAUAUUAGGAAUAAACACAUUUUGAUUAUUAUUAGUUAUGUGAAUAUGAAUUGUUCAUUAUACUUCGUUAGAUUCUUUGUUUAUACAACUAUAAUUGAUUAAUAUCGUAUUAUAUUGAUAAACCGAAUAUGAUUUUU